AUGCGCAAACGAUGGUACAGAUUGUUCAUUUGGUUUGUUUUUAUUUUUUCCAUUUUCCUGUCAACUCGAUUGCUUCUUGGUAAAGGCCUCAGUCGAUCUAUUCCAAUUUUCUUCGAUGGUGAACAUUUAGAGAGAUCGGAAAAUGCGCAUCUGCAACAGGAACUACCGACUGGUAAAACCCGACGAACGAGAGUAAAACUCUCCACAAAGAUUCUCGGAGUAAAACUCCUAGUCAGGUGGGUAAGACCCACCCGGACUCCGUGUAGCACGAGAGUGACGGUCCUCGCCGAGAGCGCAGCUUAUAUAGCCGCUGGGUGGGCUGAGCGCACGCGAGUGAGCUUUGGCGAUGCGGCCCGCGCGGCGAAAUCGGGUGCGCCUCUUUACGCUGCUGGUUCCUAUAUGGCAGGAAAACAGAUGAAAAAUUUGAGUUUCUGCAAUUGGCAUUACAGUCUACCUCAUGAAUUUUUCUAUUCAUCGUCAGAAAUUAUUUUUAGUCCUGAGGCUGGUGAUAAAGGGCCUUAUAGAAUUCUUCCAUUAAUUAUUGCCUAUAAAUCAAAAAUAAUUGAACAACUUCCUCAAAUUACAUUAUGUACCCAUUCGACUGCCGAUCAAGUUUAUUCAAUUGUUGAACUUGCAAGACGAUGGGAAGGACCUUUAAGUUUUUCAAUAUUUGCACCUGGCCUCGAUGCCGGUUUAGCAGUGGCACUUUUGGAUCGAGCCUGCCAUUGCGAACCAACAAUGUUCAAGGUUUCAGUUCAUCUAAUAUUCCCAACUGGUCGUCCACCGGCUUUAGGCGACUUUAGUCAAUACAAUAAGGAUGAUUGUGCGGCUUCAGAUCUUCAAUGGAGGGAAGCUGAUACUGAAAGAAAACAAAGAAAAAUGACGUAUCCAAUAAAUGUUGCUAGAAAUAUUGCACGAUUAAAAUCAAAAACUGAACGUGUACUUGUCUCUGAUAUAGAAUUAUUGCCAAGUUUAAAUUUAGCAUCAGGAUUUGAGGAAAUGUUAAAAGAACGUAUAACAAAAAUUAAUGUUGUUUUUGUAUUACCUGUUUUUGAAAUUGAAGCAAAUCAAAUGCCGCCCGUAAAUAAAAAUCAAUUACUCGAUGCAAUUAAAGACGGUUCAGCUGUUUAUUUUCACAGAUAUGUGUGUCCGCACUGUCAAAGAUUUCCGGGACUUACACGUAAAUGGCUACUUCGACCCAAUUCUGGUAAAGUAAAGCCUCUUAUUGUGACAAGAGAAUUUCCUAAUCACAGAUGGGAGCCAGUUUUUAUUGGAACUAAAAAUGAUCCACUUUAUACGGAAGAUAUGACAUGGGAGGGUCGUCAAGAUAAAAUGGCUCAGAUUUUUGAAAUGUGCCUCAUGAAUUAUCGUCUUAUUAUUCUGGAUGGUGCUUUUUUGGUACAUACACCUGGAAUUAAACGUAAAAUAAUUUCAAAUAAUAAUAAAACACCAUUAAUUCGUGCUCAGGAGAGAAGAAAUGGGAGAAUUUAUCAAAAUGUUAUAAAACGUUUACUUAAACAAUUUCAUUCAAAUCGAAAAUGCAAACAAUAAUUACUGAAAAGAAGAAAUUAAGAAAAAAAAAUAGUGGAUAUAAUUAAUUGACAAUAUAUCGAAAAAUAAUGGUAAAAAAAACAAACUUUUAUAUAAUUGAAAAUAAAAUGCUUUUCGUAUUUUUUGCAUAGUCUAUUUCUAUAUAUAAAAUA